AAGCCAUACUGUUCUUCACCACUCACCAGCAAGGCCUUUGCUAGCUCUAUAAAAGAGACAAGUGUCCUGCACGUUUCCAAAUCCCGACUCAACCCUUCUCUCAACUCUAUCGUUUUGCCGCGUUUUUGCUGCUAGGCUAUAUAUCUCUUAAACCCCCAACAAAAACAAAUAUUUUUCUUCAAAACUUUUGCAACAAUGGCUAGUCCAAGAUCAAGGCCGUGGAGUGAUUACAACACAAGCCAUGGCCACGAAGCUUGGUCUUCUUCAUGUCCCUGCAAACCGGGAAUUCCCAAUUACAGUUUGAACUUGAAGAAUAUGAGAUUUGGGACAGCCGGGUUGGCUCAUCUGUGGCAGAAAAUGGGAAAGAGAUCAAGAGAAAGGUACUUGGUAGCUCAAGGGUACGGUUCAGAAAGUCAUGAAGCUUAUGUUAUUUCCCACAAAGACAAGAGAUUCGUGAACGCUCUCCGGGAAGUUCAGCCGUAUAUUUUCCUCAACAGAGGCCGGACAUUUGUCGUGGUGGUCUCCGGCGAGAUUGUUGCUAGUCCUUACUUCGAUGCCAUAAUUCAGGAUAUUGCUUUUCUUCAUCACCUGGGGAUCAAGUUUGUUCUUGUUCCAGGGACCCAUGUCGAAAUCGAUACCCUUUUGGCUCAGAGAAGCAAGAGUCCAAAGUUUGCUGGUCAGUAUAGAGUGACCGACUCGGAUUCUCUAACAGCUGCAAAGGAAGCUGCUGGGAAGAUUUCUAUGGACAUAGAGGCCAAGCUUUCGCCCGGACCGUCCAUAUGCAAUAUUCGUCGGCACGGUGACAGUAGUCGUUGGCAUGAAGUUGGCGUCAGUGUAGCUAGUGGUAACUUUCUUGCAGCCAAGAGGAGAGGAGUCGUUGCUGGUGUUGAUUAUGGGGCAACAGGUGAAGUUAAGAAAGUGGAUGUGGUUCGCAUGCGGGAGAGGCUUGAUGCGGGUUGUAUUGUGCUAUUGAGCAACCUUGGUUAUUCGAGCUCUGGAGAAGUUUUAAAUUGCAACACGUAUGAAGUUGCAACAGCUUGUUCCUUGGCUAUUGGAGCAGAUAAGCUUAUCUGCAUAAUGGAUGGUCCAAUUCUUGAUGAGAGUGGACGUCUGAUUCGUUUCUUGACUCUUGAAGAAGCAGACAAGUUGAUUCGUCAGCGGGCUAAGCAAAGUGAAAUAGCCGCUAGCUAUGUGAAAGCUGUUGAUGAAGAAAAUCUCCAUUAUCUUGGACAUGAUAGUGGGAAUUUUCUUAAGGAAAAGCAUAUUCCAAGGUUUAACAAUGGUGUUGGUUUUGAGAAUGGCAAUGGAUUGUGGUCUGGUGAACAAGGUUUUGCAAUAGGGGGUCACGAGCGCCAAAGUCGAUUAAGCGGUUACCUUUCAGAAUUGGCUGCUGCAGCCUUUGUUUGCAGGGGAGGUGUUCAAAGAGUUCAUCUGUUAGAUGGCACUAAAGGGGGAGUGUUGUUGUUGGAAUUAUUUAAAAGAGACGGAAUGGGGACUAUGGUGGCAAGUGACGUUUAUGAAGGAACCCGGAUGGCUAGGGUGUCGGACCUCUCCGGAAUAAGACAAAUCAUACAACCUUUAGAAGCAGCUGGCACAUUGGUUACGAGAACUGACGAAGAGCUACUUGAAGCAUUGGAUUCUUAUGUUGUUGUCGAAAGAGAAGGUCAAAUUAUUGCGUGUGCUGCUCUUUUUCCUUUCCAAGAGGAGAAAUGUGCAGAGGUGGCUGCUAUUGCAGUUUCUCCGGAUUGCCGUGGACAAGGACAGGGAGAUAAAUUACUUGAUUACAUGGAGAAGAAGGCAUCUUCUCUUGGAUUGGAAAAGCUUUUCUUGCUAACAACCCGAACUGCAGAUUGGUUUAAGAGACGUGGAUUUUCUGAAUGUUCAAUUGAAUCAAUACCAGAGAAGCGGAGGGAAAAGAUUAAUCUAUCCCGUAGAUCCAAGUAUUAUAUGAAGCAGCUGUUACCUGAUACGAGCGGAAUUACUGUUGAUAGGGUGUUCUCUUGAGGCUCUCAUAUCCCUGCGGCGUGUUUGUGGGUUAUGAGUUUUUGAGUCCCAAUCCACCAUCUUCCUUUGGGUUCACUUUCGUAGAAACUACGAGUCUACGAGUAUAAUCAAUCAAGUUUCUGAUGAUAUGUAAUUUGAGGAGGUUCCUGGAGUAGAAGUAUAGAAUAAUGUAAGACAUGAAUUAUUCCGAAGAAGUUAUAAAGAGAGAGUUAGAUGUGAUGCAUUCCAAAAC